CCCUUUCUACUCUAAACACGCGUGUUCCCCUUUCCCUCUCCAGCCGAAAUCCUUCCCAUUCGAAAAAAGUGUGUUCAGCGGUCGUCGUUCGCUUUCAACGCCUGUCCGUUCGCCUUCAACAUCUGUCCGUUCGAUUUCACCGUCGAGUUCCACCUCUUCGAAUCCCUCACGUCCGUCAUUUCAAAGUCCUCCGUCCGCUGCAUUCCAUCUUUCCAAAAUCCCUCAGUGCCUCACGUUGCUGCACGCCCGUCAUUUCGACUUCACCAACGAGUGCCUCACGUUCGUCGCUUCAAAAUCCAUCAUCCACUAAGUUGAGCUUGAGAUUUACUGUGAAGAUAAGGAUAGCGCAAGGAAAUAUGAGAUUGAGGCACUUGGAGGACAAACAACUUCAUAAACCACGUUUUUAGUGCAUUUUAUGAUAGAUUGAAAGAGAUUUACAAUGAUGGAUAAAUCUUGGAUGCACAAGAGUAGAUUGUCUAAAGAUUAUGAGUUGGGUGUGGAAAACUUCAUCAAAUUUGGAUUUUCUAAUACAACUAGCUCCUAUAUUCGUUGUCCUUGUUUGAAAUGUGGGAAUUGUGAAAAACAUAGUAGAAAGGGUGUUAGAGAUCACUUGUAUGUUAAUGGUAUUGAUGAAAGUUAUAAAAUUUGGUUUUGGCAUGGGGAAGAACUUCCUAACUCAUCCUUCUAUGAUGAAUCUUCAAAGUUUGACAUCCAUACAUGUGAAGAUCAGUAUGUUGGAAGUGUAAAAGAAAUGAUUGAAGUUACUCAUGAGGAGUAUUCAAAAAACCCAACUGGAUUUGAGAAGUUGCUUAUUGAUGCUGAAAAACCAUUGUACGAAGGAUGCAAAAAGUACACAAAGUUGUCUACUCUAGUCAAAUUGUAUAAUUUAAAAGUUAGGUAUGGAUGGAGUGAUCAUACUAGUUUUUUAGAAUUACUUGAAACUUUGAAGGAAAUUCUGCCUACUACCAAUGAGCUCCCGAAUUCAUUGUAUGAAGCAAAGAAGACAUUAGGUGCAUUAGGAAUGGAAUACGAAAAGAUUCAUGCAUGCCCGAAUAAUUGUUGUCUCUAUAGAAAAGAAUUUUCUAAUGCAAUUGAAUGUCCUGAAUGUGGUCAAUCAAGGUGGAAAAACGUCAAGGAUACAAAUGAAAGGAGAAAGCAAAUUCCCUCUAAAGUGAUAUGGUACUUUCCAAUCAUUCCACGAUUUAAAAGGCUAUUCAGAAGCAUUGAAUGUGCUGAAAACUUGACUUGGCAUUCUACUGAAAGAAUUAAUGAUUGUAAGUUACGACAUCCAGCAUGGAAGUUAGUAGACAUGAAAUGGCCAGACUUCGGUUUUGAACCCAGAAAUCUUCGUUUAGCAUUGUCAGCCGAUGGAGUAAAUCCUCAUGGUGACAUGAGUUCUAAAUACAGUUGUUGGCCGGUAGUGAUGGUUAUUUACAAUCUUCCGCCAUGGUUGUGUAUGAAAAGAAAGUACAUGAUGCUAUCAAUGCUAAUUACAGGACCAAAACAACCAGAGGAUGACAUAGGCAUAUACUUAGCACCACUAAUUGAAGAUUUAAAACUUUUAUGGGAAAGUGGUGUUGAAUGUUAUGAUGCUUAUCAAGAAGAACCAUUCAACUUAAGGUCAGUUUUGUUGUGGACAAUCAAUGAUUUUUCUGCAUAUGGUAACCUUAGUGGAUGUUGUGUGAAAGGGUAUAAAGCAUGCCCAAUUUGUGGAGAUAAUACAAAUUCUAUAAGGUUAAAGUAUGGGAAGAAAAUGACAUACCUUGGACAUCGUAGAUUUUUGGCGCGAAAUCAUCCGUAUCGACGACAAAAGAAGUCAUUCCACUUAACAUAGAAUUGCUUCAAGCUAAGCACACUUAACUUUGGAGUUCCUAUCAUUGAGCCACCGAAAAGGAAGGUGUAGCUUGUUGGUAUAGAUAUUAACUUUUAUUUCUUUUAAGUCUUUCUUAACAUUACUUUCCUGUCCUCAAGAUCCCUCUCAUUAGAACGUGAUAUCGGUUCAUUCAUGCCUCUCUCCUACUCUCAAAUGUUAUAUUGUUAAAGUGGAGUGAAGUUACAAUUACAUCUAAAUAAUUCAGAGGUCAUGCAUUUUCUUUUUUCUUUUUAAGAAAACUAUAAUAUUUAAUUAUUUAAAAGAAGUGAAGAAAUGGACCAAAACCGACUGAUCGCUAGAAUCGGUUGAAAGUCGGUUUUGUUGACCAGAAUGGCAACCGAAAUUAGUUCUGCCAUUCCCAUACCGACUUGUGGUCGGUCAGAGUCGGUUUGGCUAGAAAACCGACUCCGACCGAUCCUUGAUCACCCCUAGUUUCUUUAUAAUUCUUUUUAAAAACUUUGUUACGUUUGUAAUUGUUUUAGCACGACAUAAUUUUAUUGUCACAUAAUCUAUAUUUCCAACUUGAAUCUAUAUUUCCAA